CAAGCGGCAGCUGACCCGGAUGUUCCUCCAUUAGCAACAUGGCGGCCGCCGUCAGCAGCAACAUUGUCGUCUCGUUGUUGCGUUGCUAAAGUGUCAGUUAGCUCCUUCAGUCCUGAUCCAGCAGAGUCUCUGUAUGUCUGGAUAAACCUCUGAAUGGACUUCUAGAGGUUCACCUUUGUUUCUGGAUGUUGUUCCUCGGACUCAUCUCCCGGUAGCCUACAAAGAUAUUCAAGUUAGCUUAGCAUGCUAACAGACCGACGGGGACGGAAGUCAGCAACACAGCGCUAGUCCCAGUUUAAAGGAGAGCAAACGGGCUUUGUGACGGAGUUUGUGUGGAGGAAACGUUUCUGUCGUUGUGUGAAGAUGUCUAAAGUCCAAAUGCUGAGAUGUUUAGUCAACCAGCGACUAACUGCGGCUGCGCAAGAGAUAUUUGGGCUGUUUGAAAGAACCAUAGCAGAGUACGAGGAGGAACUUUGUAGUUCCAGAGAGGAGAACGAGCGACACCGGAAACGACUGGACGCUGUGUUCAACCCGGAAGUCCGGAAUCAAAGAGCAGACGUCCAGCAGCUGGUUGUGGUUAAACAAGAGGUUCCCUUUGAACAGCAGGACUGGAGCUCCAGUCUGGACCAGGAGGACACAGACCCCCCACACAUUAAAGAGGAACAGGAGGAACUCUGGACCAGUCAGGAGGGAGAGCAGCUUCAAGGUCUGGAGGAGGCUGGUAUCAGGUUCCCAUUCACUUCAUUCACUGUGAAGAGUGAAGAUGAUGAAGAGGAAGAGGAAGCUCAGUCCUCUCAGCUUCAUCAAAGACAAACUGAACGUAUGGAAACAUAUGAUGAUGGAGAGGACUGUGGAGGACCAGAACCAGACAGGAAGUCAGAUCCAGACACACAUUUACAACCUCAUACUGUUGACAAGGCUGGAGACUCUUCUGAACCUGAGACUGAACACAGUGAUGAUUGGAAGGAGACCAGAGAACCUCAGUCAGGUUUAAACUCUCUGAAUAAUGAGGAAGUUAAUGUCAGUGAUUCAAAAUGUAGUUCUGGUGAGAAACUAUUUGGAUGCUCUGAGUGUGGGAAAUUAUUUAGCUUCAGGGGAAAUCUGAAGAUACACAUGAGAACUCACACAGGACCAAAACCUUACAGCUGUUCAGUUUGUAAGAAGUCUUUUACACAUAGUAGAAGUGUACAGAAACACAUGAGAAUCCACACAGGAGAGAGACCUUUCAGCUGUCUCGUGUGUGAGAAAGGGUUCAUUGAAAGUGGAGAUCUGAAGAGGCACAUGAGAAUUCAUACGGGAGAAAAACCUUUCAGUUGCUCAGUUUGUGAUAAAUCGUUCACACAGAAUGGAAGUUUACAGAAACACAUGACAACUCACACAGGAGAGAAACCUUUCAGGUGCGUAGUGUGUGGUAAAGAUUUCACUGAAAGUGGCCAUCUGAAAAGACACAUGAUAACUCACGGAGGAGAAAAACCAUACAGCUGCUCUGUUUGUAAGAAGUCUUUUACACAUAGUAGAAGUGUACAGAAACACAUGAGAAUACACACAGGAGAGAAACCUUUCAGCUGCUCGGUGUGCGGCAAAGGUUUCAUUGAAAGUGGAGACCUGAAGAGGCACAUGAGAAUUCAUACAGGUGAAAAACCUUUCAGUUGCUCAGUCUGCAACAACGCAUUUGCACAGAAAGGAUGUUUACAGGCGCACAUGAGAAUCCACACAGGAGAGAAACCUUUCGAAUGCUCAGUUUGUGAGAAGAGAUUUGUACGCAAGUCGAGCCUGAAGGCACACAUGAUAACUCAUAUGGGGGAGAACUCCUUUUAGUUCUGUUUGUGCUGAAGGUUUUCUACCAACGGUAAAUCUGACACUUACACAUCAAAGUCCACACGGGAGAAACAAUCUAAUACAACUAAAUUAGAUUAGUGCAGAUCUCCACCAAUGGGUAGACAAAGAUGCUGGAUUCACACGAGGUGUGUAAAGCCCUCAUUGUUAAAACACAAACCAGCACAAACAUAAUCCUUUACUAACACAUCCCACUAUUAACAGACACGUUACAAGCUAACGGCAAUGAUAAAUAACAUAUGUAUUUUGGAACAUGAAAACAGCAAACUCAGUCCUGCACUGCAUGAUGGGAAAUAUGGGCUGUUCAAAGCAAAAAAGGUUAAAUUCUGGAACUGGACUUUUUUGUACACAAUGCAGCCGAACACUAUUUACACGCUAGGCAACAAAAGACUGUUUAUGCCGAUAUACAUAAGGCAUUUUGUUAAAAUGUUUGUUUGUGCUACAGCUUCUCGUUGUGUGGGCGCAGGAGAAGGAAAACACCUUUAGCCGCUCUGAGCAGCACGAUGAGUCUCUCGCCGAGCGCCGUCCUGAUCAGAGCUACUCGCCGGUCGGGUUUUCAUAACGGGGUUUGUAUUUAAUAAACCUGACCCACGCACAUUUAUGGAAAAGGGCUGGAUGUGAAAUGCUGUAGAGAGCUUCUAGAAUGUCAGCCAUGAAAUGAAAUAAUUAAACAUGAAUUUCAAGGUAUUGUCAUGCACAACUGGCAUAUUUUGGAAACCGGUCCUCAUCUUAAAUCAGGUUUUGAAUAUUCUUCUUGCUUUGUUUACAAACCGGCUCCAAACAUUUCACUCACUUCUUUCUUAUCGAUCAUUGGGGAUGGUAAUUAUAAGUGUGCGCCCAAUGUAAUCUCACUUUAUAAUGUCUCAUAAACAUUUUGGGAACAAUAAUUCACUAUCAAUAAUAUUUUUCUAACCGCAAGGUUUGGUAUAAUACAGAAAGCAAAAAUAAUGUAUGUACUUGUAUGUAGGAAAUGUAAAAACACUUUUUUAUUUUGUCCACCAGGUGUCACUGUCCUCCUGUAGAUCGUUUUUCAUGGUUUUCAGAUUGUCAUAAUUUAGGUUAGAUGUUUUGCUGACAAUUUUAAUAGCUCACGUCUAAUAAUAGACAUCCCGAAUACGUACUGUAAUGUCAAAUUAAUGUAUCUGUAUGUCUUUUAAGGAAAAUAAUUAAAAAAAUACACAGUG